UAUAAAAUGCAGAUCGAGACAGAGAAAAACAACAUGGCGCCAGCAGCGGACAACAUGACGGACUUGCAGAAAGAUAUUUUUGCGAAAAUAAACAAUAAUGAGGCGGCUGAACUAAAAGUUUUGUUGGCUGCAAACCGGUCGAAAGUUGAUUUUGUUGAUGAGAAUGGAAUGAGUCCUCUUCAGCACGCAUCUUACAAAGGAAAUAAAGAAAUUGUGCAGAUGCUUCUUGACCAGGGUGCCGAUGUAAACGUUUGCCACCAUGAAAAUGGUUACACAGCACUUCACUUUGCCGCUCUAGGUGGCAAUGCAGAAAUAUGUUAUCUCCUUAUGUCCCACGGAGCCAAACUCACCACCAAUAGCAUCGGUCGCACACCAGCACAAAUGGCUGCCUUUGUCGGCAACCACAAAUGCGUCGCUACCAUCAACAAUUACAUUCCCAAAGCGGAUAUUGAUUAUUACAUCAAGCCGCAAGGCUUGCAGACCGAGCCGAUGCUUCCUCCUCACCUGGCCGAUUCUUUCCACAAAUUCACCAUGCAGGUCAACGUCCAUCCGGUCAGGGUUCUUAUGAAUCUUCAAAAGUGUCCCGGACUCUUGGAAAAUGCCAGCAAGAUCCAAAAAGUACUGGAAGCAAUGAGGAAUCGGGAGAUGCAACGAGGCACCGAUAUGAAUGAAAUAAUGGCUUUCAAGUAUCAUUACUUGAGUUGUAUUAUCGGACACGUGAUAAAGUGUCAAAAGCAUCAAGAAGCGAUGAAAGCAGAAAAGAACGAAACAGAAAAGACGACGGAGGAUGGAGACGAGAAGAAAAGCAUGGAUCCGGUGGAGCUAAUGGUGCGUAGGGUUUUAAAGUGCAAUAAAAGUGUUAAGCGUCAGCCGGAAUAUCAGGAAGCUCUGGUGCGAGAAGCGGUUCGAGAUUUUCCGUUCAUCAAGAGCGCGAUAUUUCGUCAAAUGGUAGCAACAUUAGCGAGCAGCGAUCCACCAUCAGCAGUGUCGGUCGUCUCGGCGGCGAUAAACGGGCAGCGUGGUUUCGUCGACAACUCACAAGUCUGCGUUACCUGCGGCGAGGACAAAGCAACAAAAAAAUGCAGCAAGUGCAAAGCCGUCCAGUACUGCGAUCGCGAGUGCCAAAGACUCCAUUGGUUUUUGCAUAAAAAAGCUUGCGACAGACUUCGACAGAGCACAGGGUCGGCCGCGAAGAUAACGGAGGCGGACAGAGCGGAAAUAAGCAAUGCUGUUGCCUCGGGAAUUCAAAAUUUAGCAGUCAAAUAAAAUCCUCGCCAUCUUCCAAUCGUCCUUUCGAGGUAUUAUUGAGCAUUUAUGAGGAUCAUUCGUUGCAAACUUCCUCGUAAACUUCUCCGGUGACAUUCUUUCGUCUGUGUUUUUAUUCUCCUCCCCGAAACACUGUUUCCACUUUAUUUUCUUUUUAUUUAUUGUGUAAAUAGAUGUUCUUUCUAUUAGAAAAACUGAUGAUGUGUCCUGUAAAUGUUUGACUAAACUUAAAUAAGACAGCGAAUCUUGUUGAUGGACCGAUAUCUUCAAUUCUCAAGAACUUACAAACGUCUCACAAUUAAAAGUGUUCCUUCCGCGAGGCGAAAUGACUAUUCAAAUUGUUAUAGGCGAUACAAAGCGUCUAUCUAACUGCCAAUGACGUUGACUUUAAAAAACAUCGCUCUGUCAUCCAUUAUUCGAAGAGAGAGUGAGAGAGAAACGGUGAAAAUGAAACGAAAUAAUCUUCUGAGAACGAGACAAAAAAUUUUAGAGUACCGCAGUACACUACAACGAUUUUCCUUAUUAUUGGACGAGUACUUUUAAUGAGGCAUGUACAUUUAGGAGCAGCAAUAAGAAUGAAAAACCAUUUUUUUCGGUGAGCUCACGAAGCAAUUGAAGUUUAGUACUCUCGUCCGUUUUCCUUCAUCUCAUUAUCGGCGGAACGCCUCCGAUAGUUUAAGGAAAAAAAUGAAUAUUGAAAUUUUACCGUUCCAAGAGUUAUGACCUCCAGAGCGAACUCGUUUAGUUUCAGUUUUUUUUUUUCAAACUGUCUCAUUUUUUCGUAAAAUUUUUUUUAUUUGUUAAAAAAUAUUGUUACUUUGCUGUGUACAGAACCGCUUGUAAAACAAAGUUCAUUGCAAAACAUUACAAUUUUGUAAGAAAAAUAGUUCCUCGUUGAUUCGCCGCCAUACCUCGAUCAUUACUUCGAAUAAAUAUUUAAGCAAUGAUGACAAAAGUUAUGAUGAUAAUAUACAAAAAUAUAAUAAUUAUUAUCUCCGA